GCGACGGCGGGGAUGCAAAGGGAGCGAGCGAUCUGGCGGAAAAGACGCCUCCCGGCCGCCCGGAGUAGUACCUUUGGAGCGCCUCCGGGGUCGUUCGCCGGCCUCCCUCCCUUCUCCCGCUCUGCUGCUCUCUCCGGCGGCGUCGCCAUCUGCUCCUGCUGCUGCUGGACGCUCUCCCCGCUUCCCAGAUCACUUAACGGGCGAUGGAUGGGGUUUGAAUGAGUUGGACGCGGCUGCGCCUCUCCGCAUGGGAUGGUGCGAGAGAUGGUCAAUGCAUGGUUUUCUGAGAGAGUUCAUACCAUCCCAGUGUGCAAGGAAGGGACCAAACACCACGGAGAAGCUUGUUCUUGUCCUAGUCACCAGACGACACGGGCUGAGGGCACUAACCCCUCACCACCAACCAGGAAGAUAUCUGCUUCUGAAUUCGACAGACCUCUUAGGCCUAUUGUUGUCAAGGAUUCUGUCGGAACAGUGAGUUUCCUGUCAGACUCCGAAAAGAAGGAGCAGAUGCCUCUCCAAUCUCGGACGCUUGGGAAUGACCCGGGAGAUCAAUGCUCAAGGCUCUUAGAACUGGUGAAGGAUAUUUCGAGUCACUUGGAUGUCACCGCGCUUUGCCACAAAAUUUUCUUGCACAUCCAUGAACUCAUAGCUGCCGAUCGCUACUCCCUCUUUCUGGUCUGUGAAGACAGUUCCAAUGAGAAAUUUCUCAUGAGCAGGCUUUUCGACGUUGCUGAAGGUUCCACUUUAGAAGAAGCUUCAAACAACGGCAUCCGCUUGGAAUGGAACAAAGGGAUUGUGGGCCAUGUGGCAGCUUUGGGCCAGCCCUUGAAUAUCAAGGAUGCCUAUGAGGAUCCCCGAUUCAAUGCAGAAGUGGACCAAAUCACAGGCUAUAAGACACAGAGCAUUCUUUGUAUGCCAAUAAAGAAUCAUAGAGAAGAGGUAGUUGGUGUGGCACAAGCAAUCAAUAAGAAGUCUGGUGGUGGAGGAACAUUUACUGAGCAAGAUGAGAAGGAUUUUGCGGGUUACCUAGCAUUUUGUGGAAUUGUUCUGCACAAUGCUCAGCUGUAUGAGACAUCCCUGCUUGAAAACAGACGCAAUCAGGUUCUUCUUGAUCUUGCCAGCUUAAUAUUUGAAGAGCAGCAGUCCUUGGAAGUCAUUUUGAAGAAGAUAGCUGCUACCAUAAUCUCCUUCAUGCAGGUGCAGAAGUGCACCAUUUUUAUAGUGGAUGAAGACUGUUCUGAUUCAUUUUCCAGUGUCUUUCACAUGGAAUUUGAGGAAUUAGAAGAUUCAAGUGAGACCCACAAAAGAGACUAUGAUACAAACCAAAUUAAUUAUAUGUAUGCCCAAUACGUCAAGAAUACCAUGGAGCCUCUUAAUAUUCCAAAUGUUCGCCAGGACAGAAGAUUUCCUUGGACUAAUGGAAGUGCAGACAGUACAAACCAGAAUAUUGAAAGUUUGCUGUGCACGCCGAUAAAAAAUGGAAAGAAGAAUAAAGUGAUAGGAGUUUGUCAACUAGCCAAUAAGAUGGAAGAAAAUUCAGGCAAAAUAAAGGCUUUCAACAGAAAUGAUGAGCAGUUUCUGGAAGCAUUUGUCAUCUUCUGCGGCUUGGGUAUCCAGAACACACAGAUGUAUGAAACUGUGGAAAGAGCCAUGGCGAAGCAGAUGGUGACAUUAGAGGUCCUUUCUUAUCAUGCUUCAGCUGCUGAAGAAGAAACCAGGGAACUUCAGGUAACAGCGGCUGCUGUUGUACCAUCCGCACAAUCUCUCAAGCUCACCGACUUCUACUUCAGUGACUUUGAGCUGUCAGAUAUGGAAACUUCUCUGUGCACAAUUCGAAUGUUCACUGACCUUAACCUUGUACAGAAUUUCCAAAUGAAACAUGAGGUCCUUUGCAGAUGGAUUUUAAGCGUGAGGAAAAAUUACCGGAAAAACAUUGCCUAUCACAAUUGGAGACAUGCUUUUAACACAGCCCAAUGCAUGUUUGCUGCUUUAAAAUCAGGAAAAAUUCAGAACAAGCUUACCGACAUUGAGGUACUUUCUUUGCUGAUCGCAGCCCUGAGCCAUGAUUUAGAUCACAGAGGGGUGAACAAUUCUUACAUACAGAGAAGCGAGCACCCCCUUGCCCAGUUGUAUUGCCACUCAAUCAUGGAACACCAUCAUUUUGAUCAGUGCCUGAUGAUCCUGAACACCCCGGGCAACCAGAUUCUUAGUGGUCUUUCUGUUGAAGAAUACAAGGCAACUCUCAAAAUGAUCAAACAAGCUAUUCUUGCUACCGAUCUUGCGCUGUACAUUAAGAGAAGAGGAGAGUUUUUUGACCUUCUGAGAAAGAAGCAGUUUAACCUGGAAGACCCUUAUCAAAAAGAGCUAUUUUUGGCGAUGCUGAUGACUGCAUGUGACUUGUCAGCAAUAACAAAACCGUGGCCAGUUCAGCAACGGAUAGCUGAGCUUGUAGCUGCAGAAUUCUUUGACCAAGGAGAUAAGGAGAGAAAAGAACUCAACAUAGAACCAACAGAUUUAAUGAACCGAGAGAAGAAAAACAAAAUCCCUAGCAUGCAAGUUGGAUUCAUUGAUGCCAUCUGCUUACAGCUCUAUGAGGCCCUGUCCCACAUAUCGGAGGCUUGCUACCCUUUACUAGAGGGCUGCAGAAAAAACAGGCAGAAAUGGCAAGCUUUAGCCGAGCAGCAAGAAAAGAACCUGAUCAAUGGAGAGAGCAAUCAGCCGAAGCGGAACUGAGAUUGCACUUCAUUAGGAAACGUCGGUUUACAAAGAAGAUAUUUAUAUAGAGUAAUUUGGAUAUACUCAACGUUUUGCUAGACACUGUAUGAAAUAGGUGUAUAAUUUGCCACUGCUGUAUUUUAAAUAACAAGAGAGGUAUAUUUUUGCACAGCAUUCGGAAGCGCGAUGUGAACGUUUUUAUGUGUACAAUGUAUCAUAGUUGUAUAUUUCCAAUAAUUUCAUUUAUACGAGGGAGAACAGAUCUGCAGUUUGCAGGUCCAGUUCACUCGAAAUCGGCUUUAUAUGACGGUACGGAAGGGGCGAGUUCCAAGGACUGCUUUGGAAGCUUCCUGGUUCUGAGUUGUACAUAGUUGUUUAGCUUUCGGUCAAUGGCCAGUACUUUAAAGAUGACCAUGUUUGGCACCUUUUUUCGUUCUUUUGUGUUGUCUGAUUUUUGUAAGUGUGAAUAAUGAAAGAGCAAAGGUGUCUUUGGAAGCUUGAAGCUAAGGGAAAGCACGCUGGUUGACGUUCGUUUUAGGAGCCGCUGGACCUGUCAUCUCUUGUUGCGAAGAAAGCUAGGGGGAAACCUACUGAGCCCCAGACGGCUGAAGCCCAGUGUCUUGAGGGAAUGUACUAUCUCUGUGCCUUUUCCUGCCAUGAGAGUGCAUCAAUUAAAUGAAUUUGAGCUGUUAAUUACCCUAGCAGGCCAAGGCCACUAUGGGAGAACUACAAAUGAAAUGCUUAGAGGUUUUAGAAGUGGUGGAAUGUUUAUCAAGAAUACAAUAAACCAUCAUAGCUGAGAAAGAAGAUCUAAGAUGUUAAAAUGAAAGAAAAGGGGAGUAGAGACAGAGGAGGGGGGAAGAGCUUGUCUGCAUGAAUGUUGGGACUGUUUUCAGUGUGGUGGGAUCAUUUCCUCAGCAGGCAAGCUUUGUGACAUCCUGCCUAAGGGAAACACUGGAACGAAGAAGCACGUGAGGCGAUGUGAGCAAGUGAUGAAAACCAACCUUUCCCCCUCCCAGAACAUGAGAAUUGCUCUGGAUAUCGUAAAACUGAAUCAAAUUAAAGAGAUCAGAGCUAAGAAAUUGCCGAGACUACUUAAAGACAACUGCUUGUAACUGCAGAGAGCUUUUAUGAGUGAAUUUUGGAAAGGGGACUGUUUUUGGUUUUUCAUAAGACCAUUUGACUUGGAACAAUUGUUAACCACAAAGUCUUAAAGCAGUAAGCACAAAUGGAAACAACUGAGAGCACUUCAGGGAGUUAUGACUUACAAAGAUAGCUUUAAAAAAGUCAAAGAAUAUUAGUUCAAGAAGGAACAUAGUCAAAACAAAUCUUAAAAUACCAUCCCACUGCCUGCAACCAAUAAUAUUACAACGUCAAAACCAAAGUUUUGAUUGGUACAAUUUGUUUGUGGAUACAACUUUCGCUGCACACAGAUGUCCAAAAGGAUGAUUUUCACAUAUGUAAUACUUUUCAGGGUAAAUGAGCACAUUUGUCAAAUAUUUCGCUUUUAUGUUUGCUUAGUAUUGAAAAUGUUACACAUUUGUUUUGGGCUUGUUUUGGGGCUUGUUUGUUUUGCAAAGUAAGAACAAGCCUUCCCUCAAUAUUUUCUUAAUGAGGCACAAACCCUUUCUGACUCAGUCUUUUUAGCAUAAAUUUGUGCUUAUAGACACAAGACACAAAACAAUACAAAGGAUUCCAUUUGAAAUACCAGAAACUUUGAGAUUUGAGUAAGAGGGUUCUCUUAAUUUUUAUAAUGCUAAGAAGAAGAGCUAACUAGAGCACUCUCUCUUUUUGACCUGGAACAUCCUUAAACAUUCCAAAUGUUGAGCUUCUGAUUUUAUUUCCAUAGCAGGCAGAGUCAGUAACCUGUGUAAGUUUUGGCUGUGGUCUGAAAAAACAGCCCUAUAACCACUUCCACCUGUCCCAUUCUAUGUAAUGGGGCUACUGGCCUGGGAACUGAGGCUUUCAAAUGCAAUGAGCGGUCAUGGUAUUUUGGCAAUGGAAACAUGUUUCCCUGUCUAAGAUUUUUGCCACUUCUGUUUUUAUAAUCUGGGGGGGGGGGGGUACUUUUUAGUAUUGUUGAACAAUACAGUAAUGUCAGAUAGUAUCCAAGGAUUUUGAGCCACUGUGCUCUAUCAGAAAAAUCACUUGGUCCGGUCUGUCUCCAGAAUUGUGCUGCUUCAUGCUGGGAUAUACUGUGUGAUCAUAUUUUUGUAUCCUCCACCAUAUAAAAACAUUCCCUGUACGUAGAAAGCUGUUAUGUCAGGCAGGAGAGUAGGCUAAAAAUAUCUCCUUUCCCAUGUGCAGGUUUUAUAUUUUUCAUGGGAGUGCAUUCAAACAGCCAACCUACCAACUCCAGUGUAAAGUGGCACACUCUGGGUAGGACUGUACCAUGUGCUAUUUCUACACAUUUGCAUUAUCUGAAAGGAAGAUUCAAUUAUUCCACCAAACAUUUGCUCCCCACAAUGCUGCUUAAAGCAGAAAUGUUAGGAUCUGAAGAAGUCAGCAAGGCAGAGUCACCAUCGUUUGUUCAACAUUAAUGCCGUUAUCUCCAGAGGAUCAAUCAUUUGAAGUCUUUUGACCGCUGUAUAUACUCUAGCUAGGAUGUAUAAGGAACCAAAGGCCAAGUUCAGACUCUUGCCCUAUACCUGCAGCACUGAUAACUGUAGAUGACUCGAGCAAGUAAAACAUACUUGGUAGCUGUGGUGAAGGAUGUCACAGAAAUGGAGAAACCACCAAGAUGGUAGUCAUCUUCUGAUUAUCUUAUGUGCUGCUAAGUUGAAGGAAAGAAACAUAUGUGAGUAUUGUGUUAAAAAAAAUACGGCAUUAAAAUAUCCUAUCAUAGAGAUUUGUUAUAGAAAGCAAGUGAUCUGAACACAACAAUGCAACCAAUAAAAUAAUACCGUGAAGACCCCCCCUCCCCCAUCUCAGCCUGAAUCCCACUAUCAUACUUUCCAGUUGGUAACUGCAAUAGUCAGUCACAUCAUAGUCUGGUUCCUAAUCAUAGAGCUUUUAAUUCAUGCAAGCUGCAUCCUUCUGUAUGUAGCCCUGAUCAUCAUAUGAAUGGUCUCAUAGGAUUGGAUACAGAGUUAUGCUGGAUCAACUCCACUGGUGGAAGUGGACCUCCCCAGCCCUUCCUUCCUGGUCCCUGAAAAUAUUGCACACUGCUGAAUGGGGUGAGCUGUGGGAUCUCCAAAAAUCAGGUAGAAGAAAUCCUUCUUGAAGAAGGUCCCUUUCUCUUGAGGAAGGCAGAUCCUGUAUCCAACCCACCAUAGUUCAUCAGAAUGCAUUAUUAAUGAAGAUAUGUCACACGUAACUAUUCGGCUGGAUGAUUUCGAGUGUCUAGUGACAAAUGGUAGAUUUUAUUAGUAAUGACAAAACUGUGAACCUGAAUUCACUUUUUCAGAAUAGAGCUAAUAAUUUCCGUUAUAUUUUGUAAGCUCUGCAAUUAAAGAACAAAACAUUUAUUUCAGUAUCGUUGGUCAAGACUUGCCUUUCUGCAAAUUAACAGGUUGGCUAGAGUCAGUGAAAGUUGCAACAUUUAUUGAUCGCAACAUUUAAAGCUGUUAUAACUAUAUUUAUAUUUAUUUAUAUCCCUCCUUUUCCCCAGUACCUGGACUAUGAGUUAGUCUGCUAAAAAAAAUUCCUUUCUGCAUAACUACACAAUUACAUUCCCUAUAUUUUUCCGUUGCACGUGCACAUAUGAUAAAAAGGAUAAUAAGAAACCACAUGGUUGACCUUUUAAUUACCGCUUUUUUGUGCUGUUGGUGAUAAAUCAAUACAAUCUCAUCAGUCCCCAGCACUCUGCAGCACUUUGAAGCUAAGUAGGUCGCCCCAUGCUGCUGGCGAUUCAGUGAAAUGACAGCUGAAUACAUACUUUCCCUUUGAGUGAAGUAUUUCGAUAUUGCCUCAUGCCUCAUUUGUCAAGGUAGUUGAGAAAGGACAUAAGUGAGGGCAUGCAUUUAUAUUGCACACUACUUGAUCUGAAAUAUAUACCAUCCUUUGAAAUGGGUUGGUUCCUUUCUAAGAGUGACUAACACAUUAAAAUCUGAACCCCCUUUUUAGGGUUUGUUCUAAAUACUAUUUAAAUGGCAUGUUCAUAUAAUCUGGUGGUCAAAACACAGUAAGUAGAUUUUUUCAUACCUGCCAUGGAGACAUUCCCACAAUGCAACUAUAAAUAUUUAAAAAAAUCUUCUAGUUAAUGAAUUCAGUCAUAUCUUUUCUGAUUACUAACACGGAUUAGGUACCACACCACUGCUUAAAUAUACUUCUGAAGAGUGGUAAGAACUCUCUUAACUGCUUUAAUUUCCCUGAUGUUGGGCUCAAAAGCAUUGUUAAAUCUUUGAAGUGAUUCAGUGACUGUUCAUCAGUUAAUGGAAGAUCAUUUAUAUGUGACCAGAGGUCAUGCAUAAUGGAGUUUUCGAAAAUUUGGGGUCCGAUGCAUGUUUUGUAUGAAGUAAGUGCCAUUGAAUUCAAUGGGUAAUUCCAAGUAAGUGCAGAGAUUUAUGGCAUGUGUAUUGGUUGUUAUACUCAGAUCUUACACUUUAUUCUAGGUUGUGAAAUGCUGUCAGGAGGUCAGGGGGAAUUUCAUCCCAGGAUUUUAGUUCUACAACCUAGAAAGAGAGGCCAAAGUAAUUUUAAUUAGAUGUCAAGUCUCCACAUUUUAUAGAGUCCUGUGAUACUGUGUGCCACUGGAGGCCUCUGUCUCAAAUAAAUUGCAGAGAAACUAGAAAUCACACCUUUGAAAAUGAUAAUAUGUUCAUAAGGAAAACAUAUAAAUUUAAAAGGCUGAACUCAAAACAAAAAUGUGAGUUAGUUUCUAUUUGUUUUGGUUGACUGUGAGGACAGAUGGGACCAGAGAUUGCUAACACCUAUACAUGAAGGAUUUUAGAUGUACAGUCUACGUGCAUUUAUCACUGAAACAUGCAACAGGUUGCUGUUCUCAAAGACACUAUCCAAUGAUCUGUGUAAGUUGCAAACAGGGAAAGUGAUGAAUUUCAAAGUGAAGGUAACCAUUUGAUUUUGGGUGUUAAUUCCUAAGCAAAUAGUAAGCCUGAAAAUGAUAGACAUUCAAGGGAAACCAACAUGUGCAAAUACAUCACUUGAUUUCUUAACAGACAACUACUUAUCACUUGAUAACUUGCAUCUGAAUCUGAUCUGCCUCUGUUGAAAAAAAAAAUGCAGUAAUAAGAAACCUGAAUCUGGUGUUUUAUCUGUUUUGACUCUUGCAUAUGCAACUUGUUAUUUGGUAUUGCAGUCACCUAUUGAUCAUGAAUGUGUAGGAUAGACCUUAAAAUAAAAAUUAUGACUGAGUUGCCAUGUCCAAGGUUUAUGCAUUGGAUGCUGGUGGAUGCAAUUUCAUUAGGGCUCUGAAUCCAUUCUAGAUUUCAGUCAGAACCAGACAGAACCCUAAUGGAGCUAUCCAAGGUCAUGAAUCCUACCCCGCCAAAAUAGGCUCAUCACCUUGGAUAGCCCUUUUAGAGUUUUGGCUAAAGCCCGGAAUGGAUUCACAGCCUGCUGAAAUUGGAACCACCAGUCUUCCCUGGGUGACUAUUGAGGCUUAUAAUUCUGAAGAAUAUCAUCAGAGUUAGUAUUUGAUAUUAGACAAAAUGUGAAAACUUUGAUACAGGAUAUUAUCUGAACACUUGCUAUCCUUAGAAGGGGGUAUAUUUCAGAUGGCUCAUAUAUAAACUUGAAAAUAUCUAUGGAUAAGCAGUUAAACUGAAUAGUUGGCUUCAACUAACUGAAUACAAAUCAUUCUCAUUUGAUGAUAAUAAGUUUUGUUACAUCCCCCAUUUGUACAUAGAGUUUUAUAGUACCCAUUAAACCCAACAGGGCCAAAACUGAGCUCUACAUAGGAAGCCCCAUAGCUCAGUGGGAGAGCACAUGUUUUAAAUGCAGAAGGUACCAGAUUCAUUCCUUGGCAUUUCCAGAUAGAGCAGGGGGGAAACUCCUGCCUGAAACCGUGUUGACAAUACUGGGCUAGCUAGACCAAUGGUCUGGCUCAGUACAAGGCAGCUUCCAAUGUUCCUAUAAAUAUGUAUCGCCUGUGCGUAUUGAUGCAACCCUGGACCAAAUUCUUAACUUCGAUAAAACUCCAACUAUUAAGUAUGGUCAGUCAGCCCUGUUGAUUCCAGUGGGAUUUUAAAGUUCUAACUGAAGUUAUAACUUAACUUCUCUGUAGAUGCCGCAAGACACAGACAUGUAUAUGUCUCUUAAGAAUGUAGUUAAAACACUGUACAUGAUUUUGAAAUACAUUACUUUUAUAGCUCAUAGUAAACCUGAACACAUUGUCACUUGCCAUUUAGUGUGUUGAUAAUCUGCCUUUUUGAAACAUUUGAACAAAUAUAUAGUUUCUGAGCACAGUAUUUUUGUACUAGAUCAAGUCAUUUAUGAUGUAUUUGGUGUUCUCUUGUAAAGUCAUCUUUAACUCUGGUGGGUUCCUGAAAGCUUGGCUCUCUGUUCUUCUUGAGUCACGAACACUCUUUAUUUAAACUAGUUAAAGGAUUUGUCCUUUUCCCCAAAAUGUAUUAUGCAGCCUGAGAAUGGAAAAAUGCAGCUAAGUAAUUUUCUCUUAAACGACUACUCAAUUGAUUUCUUUAUGCUUUUUAUUGUACCAUUUCCCAUGCUUUCUACAAUAAAUGCAAGAAGAUA